UUGAAACUGAUCCAAAAAGGCCAUUCGAUCGACUUUUAGUUAGGGCUCAAUUUGAUUUCAGUGCGCCUCACCUACGAUCAAGAUCUCAGUAAGCUAAGGAGCACUUUACCCUAUUUCAAUGUGCGAUUUAUGUUGGCACCUGCAAGCCGUCUCGGCAACAUAGUACAUGAAGAUAUUUCAGCGAGUACUUUCAGCUGAGCAAAGCGCCGCUCCUAGCAGUGGAAGCCAGUCCAUGGGAAACGACAAGUUGGACCUGGUCGGCGGAAUAGUCGAUUGCUUCAAUGUUGUCAAUCGAAGAUCGACGAGCUCAGCAAAUCUACAGGGCCAAAGCCGAGAAGAUCAUCUCCGACAGCCUAUCGUCGAUGGAAACAACGCUAAUUCCUGCAUCAUUGAGUCCUACAACAAAACUGGUCGGGAAGCGAUCUGGAAUACCUUUGGUCCAUCAAAUCCAGCCCGGGCCGAUCAAGUUAUUCGCGAAUCCACCGACUACAGCACUCAAUUAAGCAACGACGAUGGCAGCAAAGCCAUGGUUGAUCCUUCUCCUGCAAGUGAAACCCGAAGCGUUUCGACCCAAUGGGUUUAUCAGAUGAAUCCUUCCGAAAACAAUAACGGUCUAUUCACGUGGUGGUAUCAAAUGAAGGGAUGCGGUAUAUCGAAUGAGCCAAACGUCACUUCCAAACAUCCACAGGCCGACGGCUACGUCAGUUACUGGCACCAAGGCUGGGAGUCGCAAAUGCCAGCUGAUACCCAAAACUACCGCGGUAUGUUUGCGUCGCAUGUGGAUGACCAAAGUGCUAACUACGGGUUCUUCCAGUCACAUCUUGAAACAACGGAACGUCUUCCCGCAUUUAAAGUUCUGGUUCAACAAGCUUACAAUCCAAACGCUAUGUCAUCGUGGGGUUAUGAUGCGGCUUGCACUGGUGAAACUAAUAUCCAUCAUAGAUUCAGCAGCGAAUCGAUCUACGACGAUUUAAAGUUUCCAAGCCAGCUCUACAGUUAUGAUGAAACAAGCUACUGGUGUAAGCCAAUUAACGUUUGCUGCACUCGAGUAUCAUAUCUGGCCGGACUUAACUAGAAAAGCGUUCUCCAGCAUUGGAUGAAGAGUCCAAGACUCAGA